AUGGAUCAUGAAGUCAGAAACAAGAGCACUAUAGACAGAUUGAUCCUGGUGGGGUUCUCAGAAUUCCCACAGCUCCAGGCACCUAUCUUCCUGCUGUUCCUCACCAUCUACACAGUCACUCUGGUGGGGACCGUGGGCAUAAUUAUAGUGAGAAGGAUCAAUCCCAAGCUGCAUACACCCAUGUACUUUUUCCUCAGCCACCUCUCAUUUCUGGAUAUUUGCUACUCCAGUGUAUUUACACCCAAGCUGUUAGAGAUCUUGGUUGUGGAAGACAGAACUAUGUCCUUCAAUGGAUGCAUGACACAGUUUUUCUUUGGCUGUGCAUGUGUGAUUACAGAAAUGUUCAUGUUGGCAGUGAUGGCCUAUGACCAAUUUGUGGCUGUGUGUAAACCCCUUCUCUACACAGUAGCCAUGUCUCGCAAGCUCUGUGCCCUCCUGGUGGCUGGAACUUACAUGUGGGGUGUCCUCUGCUCAUUGAUACUCACAUAUUCUCUGGUAAGACUGUCCUAUUGUGGAUUUAACACCAUAAAUAAUUUUGCCUGUGAGUACUCUGCCAUCCUCUCUUUGUCCUGCUCUGACACUUCUUUCAGUCAGAUGGCAUGUUUCGUCAUUUCUACAUUCAAUGAAGUGUGUAGCCUCCUGAUCAUCCUUGCCUCCUAUGGCUUCAUUAUAGCCACUGUCAGCAGGAUGCCUUCUAAGGGUGGCCUCCGCAAAGCCUUCUCCACCUGUGCCUCUCACCUGACUGCCAUCAGCAUCUUCCAUGGGAUAAUUCUUCUCCUCUACUGUGUUCCCCAUGCCCAAAACUCCUGGCUCCUGGUCAAAGUAGACACUAUUCUUUUCACUGUCAUGAUCCCCAUGCUGAAUCCCCUGAUCUAUAGUCUCAGGAACAAAGAUGUGAAAGACACAAUCAGGAGGCUAAUCUACACCAAACUGCAUUCUCUCUACGUAAAAUUCAGAUAA